UGCAGGGGAGGGUCGCGGGUGGUGCACGGUGUGCGGGCAGCAGCGGCAUCGGAUCUCAUUGGUCGCAGCUCGGAGUAUGGCGAUGGGCGCGCUGCACUGUAUCGGCGCGCUGCUGCUGGUGGCGGCGGCGAGCGUCGCAGGGCAGUCCCGGCGCAUGCCAUUCCAGCAGCUCCUGCACAAAACCAUCACCGGUGUGUCCCCGGCCGGCGCCAACGUGGUGUUCUCGCCGUACUCGGUGGCGACGGCGCUCUCGCUGCUGCACGAGGCGGCCGACGGCGCGUCCCGGCGCGAGAUCGGCCAGCUGCUCGGCCGCGACCGGCGCCGGGCGCCGCAGACCAGCGUCGAGCAGCCGGGCGUGACGCUGCGCCUCUUCACCGCCUUCUUCCACGACAGUCAGCUGGCCGUGCGGCCGGCGUACCAGCGGGCCGUGCGGGCGUACGGCGCGCUGGUGGAGUCGCAGCCGUUCUCCACCAGCCCGGCCGCCGCCACCGGCAGCAUCAACAGACGCGUCGAGCAGGAGACCAGUGGCAAGAUCCGUGACCUGCUGCCGCCGGGCAACGCGCAGCUGGUGGCCGUGCUCGUCAGCGCCAUCUACUUCCGGGCCGAGUGGCGCACGGCGCUCGAUGCGCGCCGCACGCAGCCGGCGCCGUUCACGACAGCGGACGGCCGCCGCCAGACCGUCCAGAUGAUGGCCGGCGACGGCCAGUACGGCUACCUGCGUAGCGAGUCGGGCCGCUUCACCGCGAUCGCCAUGCCCUACAAGGACGAAAGGUACCAGAUGAUCCUCGUGUUGCCCGACCAGGGCGCCAGUGUAGGGGACACCCUCAAUCAAGUCGACGCUGACGCAAUGUACAAACAAAUGCGCCAUCAGGAGGUGGAGAUAAAGUUUCCGAAGUUCCGUGUGCAGACCAAGUUGCAGCUGACGGACGUGCUGAAAAGGGUGGGAGUGCGCCAAGUGUUCACGUCGCUGGCGAACCUGCAGCGGAUGUCGCCCGACCCGCGCCUCUACGUGAGCGAUGCACGCCACAGCGCCAUCAUCGAGACGGACGAGCGCGGCAGCGAGGCGGCCGCCGCCACCUCGAUCAGCAUCAGCGCGCGCAGCUUCUUCACGGCGCCGACGCCGUCGUUCGUCGCCGACCGGCCGUUCCUCUUCUAUGUGUAUGACGUGACCUCGGCGAACGUGCUGUUCAGUGGCCAGGUGGCGGACGCGGCGGCGGCGCAGGCCGGCGCGGUCGGCGCGGCCGGCACGGCUGGCGCGCGGCCCGUCCUCCUGGCGGCCAACGGGGCGCGUCAGCGGGCCGCGCGCGGCCGGUUCCAGCCGACGAGCCCGGUGCCGACGCUGGCGCCGGGCCGGUUUGCCGCGCAGGGUCAGUUCCGGCCGGCGGACACGUCGCAAGGCCAGUUUCUGACGGGUCGCUCCGGGGCGGGCUCGUCCCGGCCCGUAUUUCUGGCAGCCGGCUGGCGCCCGGCCGCUGCCGACCCCACAACGCCCUUCCAGCGCCGCACGGUGGUACGCAAGGGGCCACCGGCCUCACAGCGGAGCAAGACGGGACGGCGGGCGUGGUCGGCCCGCCCGCCGCCGCAGCGGUCGCCCGGGUGGCGCCAGACGCCCCUUCAGCCCCCGCCGGGAACGCGCGGCGGACUGCCCGCCGCCCGCCGCCGGCCUGCCACGCAAUGGAUCUGGCCGCGGAGGACGUCACCACGCAAGACAGUCUGGGAUCAGCGGAUAUACUUCCCGUACUGAGGCCGCCUCGGGUGAGAGUUAGCGCCUGGUAGCGGCAGUC